GUGCUUAACAGGUGAAUACAAAUGCUACGAUUUUUCUUUAUUCUCCUGUGUGUGUCUCCUGUUCUACUGACACAAAAUACAGAGAGUGAAAAGUCUGGACGCCAUGGCAACUCUAGCAAGCCACACGACUGGUCAACCACAAGCUGUGUGACUGACGACGAGUGCGAUGACACAAACGCUGUGUGCUACGUGGACAAGUGUCGAUGUCGACCCGGAUUUUUUUUCUCAACGACAUAUUACAUUUGUUUUGCCUCAUGCAGCUCAGCAGACUUGCACAACACCUUCAUGGAGUAUCCAGACAGCGGUUUAAGAGGAAACAGUCUUGAGGUAAAGGAUGGACUCAGUUUGGAAGACUGCAAGAAACUGUGUCUGAAUACCAAACGUUGCCUUACAUUUGAUUUCAGAGCCGUACGAGGGCUCUGUGUGCUUCAUGACGUCACGGUGCGUGAGUCGCCCUUAAGAUGGUAUCCUAAGACGAGUAAAGGGUGGACCCACUACCAAAGAUCCUGUCUUGCAAAUUUCGCCUCAUACCCUGUCUGGCACAACUUAUUGUGUAACAACGACGUGGACUGUUAUGACCCUUACAGUCAGUGCUUGACAGGCAGAUGUGUCUGUCCUUUUGGUACAGUCGGCAGUGAGAACGAGGUUACGUGUCGUGCUAUAGGACAGUUAUGCCAAAAGUGGCAGGAAAACGGAGGAAAGACCGGCGUUCACUCCAUUCAGAUGACAGACAACAAGGAGAACCUGAAAGUGUGGUGCGACAUGGACUCUGGCAGCGGUGGCUGGCUGGUUUUCCAAAGACGCCGUGAUGGUUCAGUUGACUUCUACAGGAACUGGGUGGACUAUGAAAACGGCUUCGGUGACGUCAGUGGGGAGUUCUGGCUGGGCUUGUCCAGGUUGCACAGACUGACCAAAGAUAAACCUGUCCGACUGCGUGUUGACCUCAGGGAGGUGAAUGGCGAGAGUCACUAUGCUGAGUAUUCAUCAUUCAGUGUGGGUGGUCCUGAGACAAACUACAGACUGACUGUGUCCGGCUACUCGGGUAAUGCAGGUGACAGCAUGGAGAAUCACAACUCCAUGAGUUUUUCAACCUAUGAUCGAGACAACGACAAAGACUCUUACAACUGUGCCACUCGGCAUCAAGGCGCCUGGUGGUUUAACUUCUGUGGUAACUCUAACCUCAACGGUCUGUACAAGGCUGACGGGGCCGUGGAUCUUAAUGGCAUCAUGUGGUAUCUCGCCCAUAACGACGGCAGGAGCUUCACGUUCAGCGAGAUGAAACUUAAACCAGCCUAACAUCGCCUUGUCUCCUGUACUCUCACUGCUUACACCCUAAUCUGUUAUAAACCGACGUUUCAUUGUAGUUUGGUUGGUGACUUUGAUGGUGAUGUUAAUUGUAGUCUAACAUUGAAAUAAAAUUACGCAACUGCUUCUCUUA